AUGUCAAGCUUUAAAAACUACUUUACGAAGUAUUCUUACUGUGAUGGUGCCGCUGCCUCCAGUGCUGCCUCCAGUGCUGCCUCCAGUGCUGCCACCAGUGCUUCCUCCAGUGCUGCUACCAGUGCUGCCUCCAGUGCUUCCUCCAGUGCUUCCUCCAGUUCUGCCACCGGUGCUGCCACCAGUGCUUCCUCCAGUGCUGCCACCAGUGCUUCCUCCAGUGCUGCUACCAGUGCUGCCUCCAGUGCUUCCUCCAGUGCUUCCUCCAGUGCUGCCUCCGGUGCUGCCACCAGUGUUGCCUCCGGUGCUGCCACCAAUCUUGCCUCCGGUGCUGCCACCAGUCUCGCCUCCGGUGCUGCCACCAGUCUCGCCUCCGGUGCUGCCACCAGUCUUGCCUCCGGUGCUGCCACCAGUGCUUCCUCCAGUACUGCCACCACUCUCGCCUCCGGUGCUGCCACCAGUCUCGCCUCCGGUGCUGCCACCAGUGUUGCCUCCGGUGCUGCCACCAAUCUUGCCUCCGGUGCUGCCACCAGUCUCGCCUCCGGUGCUGCCACCAGUCUUGCCUCCGGUGCUGCCACCAGUGCUUCCUCCAGUACUGCCACCACUCUCGCCUCCGGUGCUGCCACCAGUCUCGCCUCCGGUGCUGCCACCAGUGCUUCCUCCAGUACUGCCACCAGUGUCGCCUCCGGUGCUGCCACCAGUGUUGCCUCCGGUGCUGCCACCAAUCUUGCCUCCGGUGCUGCCACCAGUCUCGCCUCCGGUGCUGCCACCAGUCUUGCCUCCGGUGCUGCCACCAGUGCUUCCUCCAGUACUGCCACCACUCUCGCCUCCGGUGCUGCCACCAGUCUCGCCUCCGGUGCUGCCACCAGUGCUUCCUCCAGUACUGCCACCAGUGUCGCCUCCGGUGCUGCCACCAGUUUCGCCUCCGGUGCUGCCACCAGUGUCGCCUCCGGUGCUGCCACCGGUCUUGCCUCCGGUGCUGCCACCAGUCUCGCCUCCGGUGCUGCCACCAGUCUCGCCUCCGGUGCUGCCACCAGUGCUUCCUCCAGUACUGCCACCAGUGUCGCCUCCGGUGCUGCCACCAGUGUCGCCUCCGGUGCUGCCACCAGUCUCGCCUCCGGUGCUGCCACCAGUCUCGCCUCCGGUGCUACCACCAGUCUUGCCUCCGGUGCUGCCACCAGUUUUGCCUCCGGUGCUGCCACCAGUCUCGCCUCCGGUGCUGCCACCAGUGCUUCCUCCAGUACUGCCACCAGUGUCGCCUCCGGUGCUGCCACCAGUUUCGCCUCCGGUACUGCCACCAGUGUCGCCUCCGGUGCUGCCACCAGUCUCGCCUCCGGUGCUGCCACCAGUUUUGCCUCCGGUGCUACCACCAGUCUUGCCUCCGGUGCUGCCACCAGUCUUGCCUCCAGUGCUACCUCCAGUGCUGCCUCCAGUGCUGCCUCCAGUGUUGCCUCCAGUGCUGCCUCCAGUGCUGCCUCCAUUGUUACCUCCGGUGCUGCCACCAGUCUUGCCCCCGGUGCUACCACCAGUGUUGCCUCCAGUGCUGCCUCCGGUACUGCCUCCGGUGCUGCCUCCAGUGCUGCCACCAGUGCUGCCUCCUGUGUUGCCUCCGUUAUUACCGUUGCCAUUCCAGUCAACGUUAUCGCCGUUGGCUCCACUGCAGGUGUUUUUGAUGACGGUCACGUCCCCGAUGAUAUCUACAAAUAA